UGAUGUAAGUUGAAGUAAAUUAUUUUUGUUACAGUCUUCAUGUAAACCCAUAAUUAGUUGCACUCUUUUCGCAGAGAAAGAAAGAAAUAGGAAUUUUCUUCGAUCUGAAGAAGAAGAAGAAAAAGUUAUACAGUAGAGAGAGAAAAGAGAGGGAUAGAGCAAUGGCUAGUUUCAGUCCAAAUAGAGCAAUGGCAGAGUUACGACAUUCAUCAAGUUCAUUAGGUAGUAGAGCUUCAUCAUCACCAUUAAAAAGAGAAGGAGACCCAGAUAUUACACCAUUAAUAUCACCUGAUAAUCAAUAUCCUCAUGAUGAUGAUGAUAAUAAUAGACAUUCUAUUAGAGAUUACAGUAGUAGACCUUUUUGGAUGCCUAAUUAUUUCUUAUGUCCUGAUGAAACUAGGGUUUCUUCAACUUCUCUGUAUAACUCUAAGAUCUCACUUUCUCUUCUCUUAUUUGUAUUUAUUGGUGCCUUGAUCUGUAUCCCCACAAUCUGGAAUCGCUUAAAUGCUCCUUACCUGUGUAAGAAAGACGGAAUCGUGUUACAGUGUCCUCGUGUGAAGGAGUCACCUUCCCUAUGGGAGAAUCCAUACUCUGCAACGACAUCUUGGAAGCCUUGUGCGGAGCGUCGUGAUGGAUUCUCAGAUCUUCCUUCAGAGAAUGAUACAAGUGGUUAUGUGUUGAUUCAGGCUGAAGGUGGUUUAAAUCAACAAAGAAUAGCUAUUUGUAAUGCUGUGGCUGUGGCCAAGAUAAUGAACGCCACCCUUAUUUUGCCGAUGUUGAAGCAGGACCAGAUUUGGAAAGAUGAAACAAAAUUCCAAGACAUCUUUGACGUGGAUCAUUUCAUUGACUACUUGAAGGAUGAUGUUAGAAUUGUACGCGACAUUCCAGACUGGUUUCCUGACAAAGCAGAGCUAUUCACAAGUAUAAGACGCACUGUGAAAAACAUUCCAAAGUACGCUUCAGCACAAUUCUACAUUGAUAAUGUACUCCCAAGGAUCAAGGAGAAGAAGAUAAUGGCUCUUAAACCUUUCGUAGAUCGACUGGGGUAUGAUAAUGUUCCCCAGGAAAUCAACAGGCUUAGGUGCCGGGUGAACUACCAUGCCCUGAAAUUCCUUCCCGAUAUCGAACAAAUGGCUGACAGAUUAGCCUCAAGGAUGAGGAACCGCACUGGUGGUUCAAAUCCUUACAUGGCUCUUCAUUUGAGAUUUGAGAAAGGAAUGGUUGGACUAUCUUUCUGCGAUUUCGUAGGGACAAGAGAUGAAAAGGUUAAGAUGGCAGAAUACAGACGGAAGGAGUGGCCACGACGGUUCGAGAAUGGGUCCCAUCUUUGGCAGCUGGCCCUACAGAAGAGGAAGGAAGGACGAUGCCCCCUUGAGCCAGGAGAAGUUGCUGUAAUUCUUCGAGCGAUGGGAUACCCUAAAGAAACUCAAAUUUAUGUCGCUUCUGGACAGGUUUAUGGUGGACAGAAUCGAAUGGCCCCACUUAGAAACAUGUUCCCCAAUCUGGUGUCAAAGGAAGACUUAACUAGCAAAGAAGAGUUGCAUGGAUUCCGUAAGCAUGUUACCAGCCUUGCAGCCCUCGAUUUCUUGGUGUGCUUGAAGUCAGAUGUGUUUGUAAUGACUCAUGGAGGCAACUUUGCUAAGCUUAUCAUUGGGGCACGGAGGUAUAUGGGUCACCGGCAAAAAUCAAUAAAGCCAGACAAGGGGCUAAUGUCCAAGUCCUUCGGCGAUCCUUAUAUGGGAUGGGCAACCUUUGUCGAAGAUGUAGUUAUUACGCACCAAACAAGAACUGGUUUGCCCGAAAAAACCUUCCCUAACUAUGAUCUAUGGGAGAAUCCUUUGACCCCCUGCAUGUGUAAAGCUUGAUAGAAAAUUGACAACUCCUGAUGCAAAGUUUCUAACAGGGAUUCAGUACAGGGGUGCUUGCUUGCUCCAAGAAAUUAUUAGACCAACAGUAUAAGCUAAUUACAGUUAAUGCCCAGGAUAAUACGAAGAACAUUGAAUAUAUGGGUUCGCUUCAGAUUUAGAUUACGCCACCUAACAUUUAUAGAAGAAUUGGGUUCCCAUGAAGCAAACUUCUGGGCUACAAGCAGGGACCUCAGCAUUUGGUAUUUGGCGACGGUACGAUGUCUUUAUUCAUAGUUUAUUUAUAUUUUUCCAGUUAGAUAGAAAUGCCUAUUUUUCUGUAUUUUCUUUGAAAGCUGAAUAGAUGAUUUUGAGUGUUUGAUGACAAUGUAUAAAUUUUACACCAGAACUUUUCACAAUCACUGUUUCCACCGUCAAGGCAUUGUCAAUCAAUAUAUUUGCAGAAUAGUUACAUCAAAA